GUUAGCGAGUCAAACGUUAGCAUGCUGCUAGCUGCGAUAGCUGGCUAACAAGGUAGCCUUUCAGUUUUAAGGUUACCGAACGAAAGCCAGUUAUUCAAUUAAAAGUUACCUGACUGCACUGAUAUCGCGUGUGGUAUUUUUAAAGAAGACUGUCAAAAAAUGUUUUCUGCACUUGCGGCUUCUCUUGAUACUCGGUGAUAAAUAGAUAAAAUGAGCUCCCAGCAAUUCCCCCGACAUGGGCUGCCUGCUUCCAGCGGUGGAGCACCUCAGAUCCCUGCUGCUGGUAACCUGGUGCCUGUCAACCAGCCAUCAAAUGCUCCAGAUGGGGAUAGCAAUCGUGAUGCAGACCACGGUCCGCAGGACCAUCCACCUGCUGGAGGUGGGGGGACCUUGGCUUUCAGAGAUGACAAGCAGGAGACCAUGGUGGUCAGGCCGUACCCACAAGUACAAACACAUGGCCAACCACAAGCUGCUCCCCAAACUGUGCCCAUCCAGCCUGGUACAUCUGUGACUGUACCCACCCCCUCUGUCCACCUCCCACAGGGUCAGCCUGCCGUCCUCACUGAAGGACAGAUGAAGGCUGUGCUUAAGUCACCUAUGCCAAGUCGUCUUAUUGCUCCUGCACCAGCUUCCAACCAGGCUCAUAUUCCCAUACCCCCCAAGGUGCCUAGUCACAUUACUGUCACCAUAGAGAGCAGUAUUGCUACGACCCCAUCUAUCCCUGUGGCAACCAUCAGUGGUCAGCAGGGUCACUCCAGCAACUUACAUCACCUGAUGCCAGCUAACAUCCAGAUCAUUAGGGGCAGUGCCCCUGCACUGCAGAUCGGGACCCCUGCAGUUCCUCCCCAGACCUUCACGUCCCAUCUACCCAGAGGGGCUGCUGCAGCAGCUGUUAUGUCCAGCUCCAAAACCGUCUUGCGACCAGCCACUGGAGCAAGUGCAGGCCCUGGCCAGCCCACAGUGCAGCACAUCAUCCACCAGACCAUUCAGUCCCGACCUGCUGUAACAACCUCUACAGCUGUGCUUCCAACUGUGGUGGCUCCUAUCUCAGCAACUAGAACUCAGUCCCCAGUCAUCAGUCCGACAGCCACACACUCUGCAGAGGUGGCACAUGGGCGUCCAGGACUGACCAUUCACCCCCCUCCAGCCACUGUUAGUAUUCAGAGGCCUCAGACAUCUCGUGACACCGCUACACGCAUAACUCUGCCAUCACACCCUGCGAUUGGAGCUCAAAAGCCUCAGCCUCCUCACACCAUGGCACAGAAGCCCAUCUUCAGUACUGUAACACCAGUAGCUGCUGCAACUGUGGCACCAAUUGUUGCCACUAACACUGUGCCAUCAACAACCGCAAUCGGCACUGUGCCACACACCCAAAUGACCAGUAACACUAUUGUCACCAUGACGAUGGCCUCACACUCCUCUCAUGCUACAGCAGUGACCACCUCUGCCAUCCCUGUUGCUAAAGUGGUCCCUCAGCCCAUUGCGCACUCUUCAUCCCGUGUGCAACCUGACUACCCAGGAGAGCGAGCCAACCUCAUCCCCAUCCCAGGACACAGGUCGUCUCCUAACCCCGUCACCAUGGAACCUAGAAGUGACAACAGGCCUUCUGUGCCAGUGCAGUUCCAGUAUUUCUUGCCAACCUAUUCCUCGUCGUACCCUUUGACACACACCUACACCCCCAUCAGCAGCUCUGUGUCCACCAUCCGUCAGUAUCCUGUUACUCCUCAAGCUCCGAGUUCAGCACUACCAACUCAGGCUGGAGUGGGCGUGGCCACCACUGUCCAUCUAAACCACAUGCAGCUGAUGGCAGUGGAUCGGAUCGGUCUGCCCUCUGCACAGAUCAGCACCCAGGGGAUCCAGCCGGCACCAAUCGCUGCGCAGGGCAUUCAGCCGGCACCGAUAGGAGUUCAGGGCCUGCACACGUCUGCUUCAAUCACCACACAGGGGAUACAGCAGACACCGAAUGUCACCCCGCAGCAGCAGCAACAACCACAGUCUGAAGCAAAACCCGGAGUUGUUUUGGCUGACGGCUUUGUAGCCAGCCCCAUCAGCAGCACAUUCAGCACAACCCAGCCAGUAGCCACCAUGGUGCAGGCACACACCCAGGGAGGAGUCGGAGGAGCUCCUACACUGGUCUCCUCCCCGAGACCCAGCAUCCUCCGCAAGAAGCCUGCUAAUGAAGGUUGUGUACGUAAGAACCUGAUCCCUGCACAGCCCAGUGAACCCAGCAGUGGCAGAAUUGAGAGUGGUGUGAGAGGAGCAGGAUCUCCCCGACCUGCAGGUGUGAAACCUAAAGCUGAGGUGCACAUGGCAGUGGCCCCUCCUGUCAUGGCGACAGUAGAAGCACUGCCUUCUCAGGGAGGAGAGCAGCAGGCGGUGUCCUCAAACACCCAGCACCUCGCCCAGGCCAUCCCCACCAUGCUUGCUACGCCGGGGCCAGUGCCUCCCUCCCAGCCCUCCACUGUUCUCUCAUCCCUCCCUGCAGCCAUGGCUGUUACCCCCCCUGUUCCUGCUUCAAUGGCCAACACUGUGGCCUCCCCCACCCAGCCCGCAGCCAGCAGCACUGCAGCUUGUGCUGCCAGCUCCACCUGCCCAGAUGUGAAAAUCAAGCAGGAGGUGGAGGCGAUGGACACCUCCCAGCCAGAUCCCAAUGCAAAUAUGUCAGCAGCACCCGCCCUCACCACCCAGGCCUCCACCCUGAACACUCCUGCCACAGGAGAUUUGAUACCUGGGGCCUCCCCGAGGAAGAAGCCCCGCAAGCAGCAGCAUGUUAUUUCUACUGAGGAGAGCGAGAUGGUCGAGACUAACAGCACAGAUGAAGAAAAGGCCCCAGGAAGGCCCAUUACUGGCCGGGCUGAGAGGCGAGAAUCUCCACCCAGGGAAUAUGUUGAUGAAGAAGGAGUGCGUUAUGUGCCAGUCAGGCCUCGGCCACCUGUUACCCUUUUGCGGCACUAUCGUAACCCCUGGAAGGCCGCUUACCACCACUUCCAGAGGUACAGUGACAUCCGGGUCAAAGAGGAGAAGAAGGGCACCUUACAGGAUAUGGCCAAUCAGAGAGGAGUGGCAUGCAGGGCACAAGGCUGGAAAAUCCACCUGUGUGCUGCACAGCUCAGACAGUUGUCGAAUUUGGAGCAUGAUGUGUACAGCCGCCUUUCCACCCUCCAAGAGGGCCUGAUUCCAAAGAAGAGGGCCGGCGCUGAUGAUGACCUUCACAGAAUCAACGAGCUUAUACAGGGUAACAUGCAGCGCUGUAAGCUGGUGAUGGACCAGGUGACCGAGGCCAGAGACACCAUGAUGAAAGUGCUCGACCACAAGGAGAAAGUGCUGAAGCUGCUCAACAAGAACGGUGCCGUCAAGAAAUCCUCCAAACUGAAGCGUAAAGAACGGGCGUGAGCGCAGCGUUUCCAUCCUUCGACAACCACCACUGCCCCCCCUGACUCUCUGAACGAGGGCUAAAGGAGCCGCUCAGAUUUUUGGUGCUAUGAUUUGCUGCAUACAAUCGCACGCACCCUCCCUAUCUGCCCGAGAGCGGACAGAGAGAAGCGACUUCACCAAGCAGAAAAAGCCCAUCAGGAACAGGUUCUCAUUCAAGACGGCGCACAUAUUGAGCGUGGAGCAUUGUAGGUUGCAUUAGAGUGGCCGACUGGACGGCCACCGUUUCCUCUCUUUUUAUUAAAUAUUUGAAAACCCCCUGAAACCAUUUUUACUAACUUAGUUUCUGCCUUUUUGUUUAAGACAUUUGGAAGCUGGCACAGCGUGUAUCUGUGAUAUUUGGCUCUAAACGCAGGUGCAAUGAAUCCGCCAUCCAGCGAGUCGUAUAAAAGAGAAGAAUUUCAGUUCAGGUGAAGAACCAGAGAGUAAAUCGGAAUCCUUUGGCAAACUGUGUGUAUACAGAUUAAUCUCAGUCGUGCUCUUUUCAUCAGUCUGUGCCUUCAUUUUGUCAGUGUACAUGAAGCAGGGACGAGCUGUUCCACAUGCUGUCGAAACACUUAAAAAUAUCACUCAAAGAAAAGUGUCAGGUCAGUUUAACGGCUUCCCCUUUUUUACAUCCUGCACCUGCAUCUUUUGAGUUGAUGUUUUUCGUCUGAUAUGGGUAUAUUAUAACCUAUUGUGAGCCACAAGUUUAAAAGUCUAAAUAAUAAAAAAAACUCCUGUGGGUAAACAAGAGCGCCUAACUGUUUCAAAAUAUGUCUAUUUAAUAUAGGAAAGAAAUGCUCUUAAAAGAUGAACAGUCUCCUUCAAUUAAAAAAUGAGAACGCCGAGUCAAUUUAUUAUUUUCCACCGUCAUCGGUCAUCCACCUAAUAACUACAUGGACGUCUUGACGGUGAUAAUACUUUGAUUUGGCUGCAGCAGAAGGUACAGUGCUCGAAAGGGAGACGGCAACUAUCCUCAUGUGAUCGCAAUGGCGGAUUGAAUUCAUGUACAUCACUGUAAAUGUGCUUUUGGUUUUCCAUUGACCUGGUUCUUUUCAAGUUUUGUACUCUAUGAAACAUGUUGUGCUAUGUGACGUGCCGCUUCACGCUGCAGAGUGUAACGAUUAUGAUGAAGUGAGCCUGAAGCAUCCAGCCAUUGUACAUUGUUUUUGUCUGUGUAAUUAUAGUAAAGAUACUUCAACAAUACAA